AAAUACAUGGAUAUUUUCUCUGGAGGAUCACAGUGCUGCUAGUACUACUUGACUACCUAACACCCAACAAGUAGUCUUUAACCAAAGGCCAUAAAUCUAAAAAACUCUUGAGAUACACACAGCACUAAGACAGUCGAAGAUGAUUGGUGAACUGGAUGCGGAUGGGGUUGUGGAGUACUUCAGGGGCAAGAGCAUCCUGAUAACUGGUUCAACUGGCUUCCUAGGAAAAGGUCUCUGUGCAAUGCUUGUGGAGAAGAUGCUGAGAGUUCAGCAUGAUGUCAAGAAGCUCUUCCUCCUUGUUCGAGCCAACGAUGUCGAAUCUUCAAAGCAGAGGGUUCAGACUGAGGUAACAGGGAGGGAGGUCUUUCAAGUUCUAAAGGAAAAGCAUGGUAAUGGAUUUGAAGAUUUCAUGGAAGAAAAAGUCUGUACUUUGACUGGAGACAUCAUGUAUGAGGACUUGGGGCUAGGCAAUGCUAAACUGACAGAAAUAUCCACAGAAAUAGACAUUAUUGUCAAUGGGGCUGCGACUACAAAUUUCUAUGAAAGAUAUGAUGUGGCUUUUGAUGCAAAUGUCUUGGGAGCCAAGCACAUAUGCGAAUUCGCAAAGAUGUGUACUAAACUAAAGAUGCUGCUUCAUGUUUCAACAGCUUAUGUAGCCGGUGAACAGGAAGGGAUACUGCUAGAGAAGCCAUUCCUGAUGGGUGAAACCCUGAGGGAAGGAGCGCAAUUGGAUAUCGAAUCCGAACUAAAUCUGAUUAAAGAGACCAUGAGAGAACUGAAAGCUAAUUGUUCUUCAGAAAGGACUGAGAAAAGAACCAUGAAGGAGCUUGGCCUGAAGAGGGCAAGGGAGUUCGGGUGGCCAAACACCUAUGUGUUCACCAAGGCAAUGGGGGAGAUGCUAUUGGGGCACCUUCGAGGCGACCUCCCGGUGGUCAUCGUCCGGCCUAGCAUCAUAACCAGCAUCCUCAAGGAGCCAUUGCCUGGAUGGAUAGAAGGAAUCAGGACGAUCGACUCGUUCAUCAUCGGUUACGCCAAGCAGGUCUUGUCAUUCUUCUUAGUCGACCUUGAUUCGAUAAUGGACGUGAUUCCUGGGGACAUGGUGGUGAACGCUAUGAUGGUGGCAAUGGCGGCGCACUCGGAGGAGCAGGCGCAGACCAUCUACCACGUGACGUCGUCCCUGUGCAACCCAGCGCCCUACGCUGUCCUCGCCGACUCGGUCCACCGGUACUUCCUUCACAAUCCACCGCGCUCCGGGAAGAACGGCGAGCCCGUGCGGCUGAGCAGGAUGCGGUUCUUCCGCACCGUCCCCAUGUUCCGUGCGUACAUGUCCAUCAAGUACAAACUUCCCCUCGAGAUCCUUCGCCUUGUGAACAUUGCCUUGUGCGGCGUGCUUUCGCGGCGCUACAAGGAGCUGAGCCGCAAGUACAGCUACGUCAUGCACCUGGUCGAGUUCUAUGCGCCAUACACACUGUUUAAAGGGUGCUUCGAUGACAUGAACACGGAGAGGCUGAGGAUGGCGAUGAAGAACAACGAGAAAGACAAGAGCAGGGGAUAUGACUUUGGUUUUGAUCCCAUGUCGAUCGAUUGGGAUGACUAUUUCUACAGGAUUCACAUCCCCGGUGUGGUUAAGUACCUCAAUGAUUAGGUCAAUAAAUGCGUGAGAUGCGUACACCCAGUACUGUAUCUGGUGUUUACUAUAUGCUUAUGCAUAUACAUAUGUGUGAUGCUGCAAAAGCAAAUAGUAUGUCCGAGGAA